CACAGCAGCCGUCAGUGGCGAGGGAAGGGGACGCAAUAGUUUUCUCCAUGUGUGUCAACAAGUAAUACAUUGACUGAAACUGGUUUUCUUCUCACUGAAGACCUAUCCAUCUAUCAGCACCAUGUCGACUGGUGGGAAGAAAGCAAGUAUGAUAUUUUCCGGAUUUAGGGCUCUUGGACUAUAUUCUAAUCAUCUCUCACACGUGGUUCGCUUUCACAAGAAACACCGGGAGUUCUAUGUGGUUACAGCCGUGGGGAAAUGUUUUCAUACAUACAACGUGAAGAAACUUGGCAUAGUUGCAGUCAGCAAUGCUCUUCCUGAUGACAUCUCUUGCCUGGCCGCUGACCGGAUGCUGGUGUUUGCUGCGCAUGGGAAAACAGUGGUGGCUUUCGCCAGAAACAAGGAGGUUGUACACACAUAUUCAGGCCACAGAGGGGACGUUCACCUGCUGUUGCCCUUUGGUGACCACCUCAUCUCUGUGGACCGGGAGAAUGCAGUCAUCGUUUGGGACGUAGAGGCGGAAGAGGAGUAUCUGCAGAUCAGCUUUGACAAGGUGUCCUUUGAAGUGUCUGCGUUGAUGCAUCCCAGCACCUACCUGAACAAAAUACUGCUGGGUAGCCGACAAGGUGGACUGCAGCUCUGGAACAUCAAGUCAAAUAAGCUUCUGUAUACAUUCCCUGGAUGGGCCUCGGCUGUGACUGCACUUCAGCAGACGCCUGCGGUGGACGUGGUGGGGGUGGGCUUGGCGUCUGGCCAGGUGGUCAUCCACAACAUCAAGUUUGACGAGACGCUGAUGAAGUUUCAGCAGGACUGGGGACCAAUCACAGCCAUCAGCUUCAGGACAGAUGGGCACCCCAUCAUGGCUGCCGGCAGUCCCGUCGGCCAUGUCGGCCUGUGGGAUUUGGAGGAGAAGAAGCUGAUUGGUCAGAUGAGGGACGCCCACGACACGGCCAUCGCCGGCCUCACCUUCCUCCUCAGCGAACCACUCCUCAUCACCAACGGAGCCGACAACGCCAUCAGGGUGUGGAUCUUUGACACCCCGGGGGCUGAGGGUCGCCUGCUGCGCUGUCGCCUAGGACACAGUGCCCCACCCACCAAAAUACUUCACCAUGGCAACAAUGGACAGACCAUUCUCAGCGCAGGUCAAGAUGGCACUCUGCAGUCUUUCUCCGUUGUCCACGAGCGGUUCAACAAGAGUUUGGGCCAUGGCUCUCUAAACAAGAAGAAGGCAAAAAAGAAAGGAUUGAAAUACGACUUCGCAAAACUACCAGCCAUCACAGCAUUUGCUGCAGAGUGUGCUCGUCAGAGCGACUGGGACGGGAUCGUGGCGUGUCACCGUGGUUACCUGGUGGCCACCACCUGGAACUACCAAAAGGGUUCCAUGGGCGCCCACAAGCUGGAGCCGUCCCGCUUCAACCAGAACCGAGCCCUCAACGUACACGCCACGGCUGUGGACAUCUCUCCGUGUGGGAACUUUGUGGUGAUAGGGGUCUCCACGGGCCACAUGGACCUGUACAACCUGCAGUCCGGCCUCCACCGUGGCCAAUAUGGCGCAGACAAAGCUCAUGACGGUGCUGUGCGCGGCGUGUCUGUGGACGGGCUGAACCAGAUGGCCAUCAGCGCUGGCGCUGACCGCACGCUGAAGGUCUGGAAGUUCCGCAGCCACGAGCUCCUACACACAGAGAGCCUGGAGGCCCCACCAGCUGCUACGCUGCUACACCGCGAGAGUGGCAUGCUGGCUGUUGCCCUCGACGACUUCACUGCUCACGUGCUGGACAUCGAGACCCGCAGGAUCGUCCGCAAGUUCUCAGGACACCGGGGACAGAUCAAUGACAUGACGUUCAGCCCUGAUGGCCGCUGGCUGAUAACGGCCUCUAUGGACUGCACCAUACGCACCUGGGACCUCCCCUCUGGCUGUUUGGUGGACUGUUUCCUGCUGGACUGUGCUGCGGUGAGUGUGUCCAUGUCCCCUACAGGCAACUUCCUGGUCUCGUCCCAUGUGGAUAACCUGGGCCUCUUCCUCUGGUCCAAUAACACCUUGUGCAGUGUGGUGUCACUGCGCCCCCUACCUGCGGACUAUGAGCCUGAAGUGCUCAUGCUGCCUGGGACAUGCCCGAGUCACGAUGAUGAAGAGGAGGAGGAUGAGGGGAUGGACGUGUCUGAGCUGGCGGAGUACGUGUCUCCAGAGCAGUUGGAUCAGCACCUCAUCACUCUCUCCCUGCUGCCCGACUCGCGCUGGAAGAACCUGCUCAGCCUCGACAUCAUCAAGAGACGGAAUAAGCCUAAGGAGCCUCCCAAGGUGCCCAAGGCGGCCCCCUUCUUCAUCCCCACCGUGCCCGGCCUGGUGCCACGCUUCGCCCUGCCAGAGAACCCCCAAGGGGAUCAGUCCAAGGUCUUCAAUUUGGGAAUUCUGGCCCAGAAGUCACCAUUCUAUGUGCAGUUGGAGGAGUCAUUGGAGAGCAAAAACUACGAAGGGCCUCUGCAGCUGCUGAAGGAGAUGGGCCCCUCUGGUAUCGAUGCGGAGCUGCGGAGCCUGGCCCCCGACAUGGGGGGCCACACGGACGUCCUCCGGGCCUUCCUGCGUCUCAUCAGCUCCAUGCUGGAGUCACGCCGGGACUUCGACCUGGCACAGGCCUACCUGGCCCUCUUCCUCAAGUUGCAUGUGCGCCUGGUGUCUUCGGAGCCGGUCCUGAUGCAGGAGGCCAGUCUGCUGUCCCAGCAACUAGAGGAGAUGUGGGGACACACUCAGACACAACUCAACCAGAGCCUCUGCCUACUGCAAUACAUGAAGAGCGCCCUACUGUAAACACACACACACACACACACACACACACACACACACACACACACACACACACACACACACACACACACACACACACACACACACACACACUCAGACACAACUCAACCAGUGCCUCUGCCUACUGCAAUACAUGAAGAGCGCCCCGCUAUAAACACACACACACACACACACACACACACACACACACACACACACACACACACACACACACACACACACACACACACACUCAGACACAACUCAACUAGAGCCUCUGCCUACUGCAAUACAUGAAGAGCGCCCCGCUAUAAACACACACACACACACACACACACACACACACACACACACACACACACAUACACAUACACAUACACAUACACAUACACACACACACACACACACACACACACCACCACCACCACCUUCCUCCCCCUGCCCCCUCCUCUCUGCUCCUUGUGUUCUGGUAUUAUGGUAACUGCAAGAGACUCUUUUGCUCGCAGUCUUUAUGUUUUGUUUUUGUUUUUUAUCUGAGUAUUUUUUAUUACUGAACCAUGUUUGUUUGAUAUAAAUUGAAAUAUAAAUUUGGAGUGCUAAUCA